AUGGAUUUCGAUAUCCCAUUGCCGGAGGAGCUUGAGCUUCUCGAAGCCAACUCUUACUUCCCUGAAGAAGAAGAGGACUACCUAAACUUCGAGGAGGCGCCGUAUCCCUACCCAAUCGACGUCGAUGAAGAAGAAGAAGACGAACGCGUGGCGCAGAAGGAGACCCAUGUCCGACAAUCGGAAUCUUCUGAUAUCAACGGUUGUAAACGACCCAGGAGUUCAAUGUCGGAUCCGAUUGUCAAUCUAGACGAAGUUUCUCCAGCCGCCGAUAAGAGAAGCAAAAUUGAUAAUAAUCGGAUAGAAAUGGAAGACGAGGACUGGCUACGACUCUCGCCGGUUAAGGAAGCGGUCCAUGUUAUGGAGGAAGAAGAAGAAGUCACUCCCCAGGAGACUAUAUUGUCCAGAUAUGCUUCUGAGAUUGACGGGGAAUGUGUUCCGAUCACGGCACCGGACGGAGGAGAGAGAGUUUAUGCGAAAUUCUGCCGGGCCUUGGGAGACGAAGAGGUGAAGAAAUUGGAUGUCAAAGCCAACUCCAACUCUAAUGGUCUUAUCAAAGAUCCCAUCAGUGUUCUUCUGCAACAAUCAGAGAUAGAGGCAUUUAACAAGGUCUUGCAAACUAGUUCUGAAGAUCAGAAUGGAACCAUUACUCCAGAAACAUCUGUAAUGCAUGAAAAACUCUGGGUGGACAAAUAUUCUCCGAGCUCAUUUACUGAGCUUCUCAGUGAUGAGCAGACCAAUCGAGAGGUUCUGUUAUGGCUUAAGCAGUGGGAUGCUUCUGUUUUUGGAUCUGAAAUUAGGAGCACGACAGAUGAAGUAUUGUCAGCUUUGAAACGACAUUCUACAACAAGUCAUCAUCAAAAAUCAGAUUCAGCUUUCACUAGGAAAAAUCAGUUCAAAAGAUGGAGUAAGGAAAGUUUCUCAUAUCCUCAAAAAUCAGACGUAAGCAACAGCAACACUACAGAUAUUCACGACUUGUGGAACAAAAAGUCAAAACUUACUGGUCCUCCAGAGCAAAAGAUCCUUCUGCUUUGUGGUGCCCCAGGGCUUGGGAAGACUACGCUUGCUCACGUUGCAGCUAAGCAUUGUGGAUAUCGCGUUGUUGAGAUCAAUGCUAGUGAUGAGCGAUCAGCAGCAGCCAUUGAAACUAGAAUUCUUGAUGUAGUUCAGAUGAACUCUGUUACAGCUGAUUCUAGACCUAAAUGUUUGGUGAUUGAUGAGAUAGAUGGAGCUCUUGGUGAUGGAAAAGGAGCAGUUGAUGUCAUUUUAAAGAUGGUUAUGGCAGAAAAGAAGAAUGCUACAGGCAAGGAAAAUGUAGAUAAUGGGAAGACUUCCUCGAAGAAGGAGCGGCGAACAGCACCGCUCUCAAGACCUGUCAUCUGUAUAUGUAAUGACUUAUAUGCACCCGCUCUCAGACCUCUGCGACAAAUAGCAAAGGUUCAUAUAUUUGUUCAACCAACAGUGAGUCGUGUAGUAAACAGGCUCAAGUAUAUUUGUAAUAUGGAGGGGAUGAAAACUAGAUCAUUCGGUCUAGGUGCUCUUGCGGAUUACACUGAAUGCGACAUACGCUCUUGCUUGAACACUCUGCAGUUUCUCAACAAGAAAAAUGAAACCCUCAAUGUGAUUGACAUUGGCUCUCAAGUUGUUGGGCGGAAAGACAUGUCAAAGAGUCUGUUUGAUAUUUGGAAAGAGAUAUUCAACAAGAGGAAAAUAAAACGAGAACGAGCUAAUGACGCUUCAGGCAGUGAAGCCAAAAACUUUGAUUUUUUACACACUCUCGUAUCCAGUCGGGGUGAUUAUGAUAUGAUUUUCGAUGGUAUACAUGAAAACUUUUUGCAGCUUCACUACCAUGAUCCGGUGAUGGACAAAACAGUAAACUGCUUGGACUGUCUUGGAACUUCUGAUUUGCUGCAUCGAUAUAUUAUGCGCACCCAGCAAAUGCAUAUCUACGCUUAUAUCCCUAGCCUGGUGAUACCUAUACACCGUCGUGUAGCCCAGAUUCAAAGACCAACUAUUGAGUGGCCUAAGUCAUACCACAGAUGUCGAACGCUUUUGGUGGAGAAGCAGGAGUCCCUGCGGUCUUGGCACCACAAGAUACCUCCCUCUAUUGGGAGGCAUUUGUCGAUCAAGUCUUUUGUAGAAGACUCUGUUUCCCCACUAUUGCAUAUUCUUUCUCCCCCAAAUCUAAGACCGGUGGCAUCACAUUUGCUAUCAGAUAGGCAAAAGGAGCAGCUGGCGGGUUUGGUCAUGCUUAUGUGUUCUUAUUCUGUAACGUAUAAGAAUGUGAAACCUGACCCUGCUCUGAGGAACCUUAGGGAGGAUGCUGCUUCAGAUGUUUCAGUUCUUACUUUAGAUCCACAUCUAUUUGAUUUCAUUAGUUUCAAGGGCCACCAAUUUAAACAUCACGUACUAGCCUUAGCAAUGAAACAAGUGCUUAUACAUGAAGUUGAGAAGCAAAAGAUAUUGCAAGCAAGUGGAGGAAGGUCCGGGAUCUUGCACAAACCUGAAAUUAAGAAAACAAAUCAAGACUUUGCCAGGAGAACCAUUGCUGCAUCAAAUGAGAGUAAAAAAAAUCCAAUUGCCUCAAACCCUCCAUCAGCCUCGGUGGAGAACGCCACAACUUCAAAACCAAAAUCUAGUGAUGUGAAAAAGGCAUCUCGCAACGCCCUUAAUUUCUUCGACAGGUUUAGAAAGUCAAGGAAAGAUUAUGAAGAUCCAGAGGAUGUACAAAAGAGAGCAACAGCGAAAAGAGAUUCUCGGCCUCUUCUCUUCAAGUUUAACGAGGGUUUCACAAAUGCUGUGAAGAGACCGGUGAGAAUGCGGGAGUUUCUUCUAUGA